CGUAACCUGCUUCAGACUCGGAGUAAUUGAUCUGGGUUUCUAGCGGACGGCAGGAAAUUCACCGCGAAGGAGAGGCAGCUCACAGUCCCGAGUCUCACUGACACUUACAGAAUGGACACCAAAACCCCACCAGACAUUAGUUAAAUGUGUUUGAGUACAAAAACAACUUGUUGGAUCUCACAAAUUCUGUGUGUUUUUGUAUAAGAAUAUUGGAAUGAAUGAGGUAGAAACAUGUGAAAGUAUACUGCACCUUUAUUAGCACCUUUAUUACCUAGUCAUGUUAGUUGCGUAUUUUAUUUAAGCUAAAGUGUAAGGAAUAUAAAUAUGUAUUUGUGGGCGUACUGUCUUCUGCGUACACUUUACAGUUGAAGGUUAGAAUAUGCUGAGGUGAUCGAAAUUGUGGGUCAUGAUGGUGUAAGUUACAGACAGAAGGGAAUUUUUUUUUGGGGAAAAAAGUAACUACAGGAAAAGAAUAAAUAAAGGUGUUAUAUUGACUGAGACCAAAAUUUAACUUAAAAAAAAAAAGUAACAAACAAAGAAAUGGAAUGUGGAGAAAUUUCCUUGAGUGGCGUGGGAGACCUCGAGCUGGACCCAGACAUUGUAAGCGAGGAGGCGGGAAAAUUGUACUCUGAACUCCAGUCAGUUGUGGAGACUCAUGGAGCAGAUGCAGUUGAAUCACUGCUGCCCAUCCUGGUGUGGGUUCUUGAAGGGCUCGCUAGCUGUCGGGCUCAGCUGAGAGAGAGCGAGGAGGCUGUGGAGAAGGAGAAAUUAGAGAGGGAAGAGCUACUGGAGCGGUAUGAGAGAGAGAGGACACUGCGUAGGGAGAGCCAGGAACGGUAUUUGGAGUUAGAUGAUCAGUUCGAGCAGGAGAGGAGGGCAAUGCGUGGAAGAGACAAGGAGCGGGAGAAGAGAGAAAGAGAAUUGGAGAAGAAAGCCAGAGAGCAAGCUGAUCAGAUGGUGGCUUUGGAGGAGCAGAGAGCAAGUCUGGCCAGAGAGUUAAACACUUUGAAAAACACACAUAGCAAGUUAAUCCUGACAUAUCGAGAUGUGCUGGAAAAGAAAAAGGAGUUGGACAGGGAAGGGUCCCCUCUAAGAAAUCGCAUUCGCUCCAAAAGUACUGAGCCACCUGAAGAUAAUGCAGCCAUCCAGCAUGAGGUGAUCCCUGAAGUCACCUCCAACCCCAACAUAGCAGAAACUUCAGCUUCCACAGACACUACAGUGAUCAAAACAGAAUCUACCAAUAAUUCAUUCUUUAUCAAUGAUAUCAUAAGCUCAACUCCAGAACUGGUCCAGCUGGAGGGCCUUAUUAAAACAAGCACCCCACUUCGAACAGAGAGUGGAGAACCAGCCUGCAGUCCAGAGGAAGAGCUCAGACCAAUUAAGGAAGAGAGACGUGAGGAUGAAUUCGAUGGAGUAGAUGAAAAAGGGGAAAAAGAAAAGGACUUGGACAGUUUAGAGUGGGAGAUGAGAAAUACAGAUUCUGUGUUUUCGGAGCUCUCCGACCUCAGUCAAGAGUACGUGGAGAGCGUGGACCAUGGAGUCAGUGUGACGGGCAGCACAGUCCAGUUUGAGGAGAUUCUUUCACAGUAUGAGGAACUGAAACACACCCAUGAGAUGGUAGAUGCUGCUCGUAAGGCUCUUAUUUCUCGUGUAGAGGAACUGACAAAUGAGAGGUCUGCUCUGAACCUGGAGCUCACUUCCUGUCAAGAAACCAUCAACCGACUGGAGGGCAAAACCAAGGAGAUGGAAGAGGAGACCAAAAGGCUCCGCAAAGAACUGGAAGCAUUACAGGCUGAGGAUUCUGACACUUCUUUCUCCACCUCACACCGUCGAUUCUCUCGUUCAGAGAUGGCUCGUGUGGUCAUGGAGAAGAACCAGUAUAAAGAGCGGUUGAUUGAACUGCAGGAUGCUCUGCGACGGGCUCAGGCUUUUGGAGGUACUAGGCGUGAAAAGAUCCCAGAAGAUAGGAAGAGCAGUGUAUGGAAGAGGUUUAACCGUUUUCUUGGUUUGACAAAGGACCAGCUGGCUCCAGCUGCUUUGGCUCCGGCUGCUUUGGCCCUGACUGUCCCCCCGGUUGCCCCUCCCACUUCCUCACCAGUGAGCUCACCUCAUAUGCUAUCCGUCAGUGCGACCCAGACAGAGGAUCCUCCCAGGCUGAGGAGGAGAGAGCUGUACCGGGAGAUCCGCUCUCAUGUGUGGGGAACUCUGGGAAAAAGACAGGUGCACGGCUGGAGCAUGCCUCUUUCUCACACUGACGCACAGAACACCGAGCCGCUUCUCGAGCCGAAAGACGUGCCUGUCCUCACACAGUUGCGAAUGCUUGACCAAAGAGACGCUUCUGCGAAGCUGAACUGUGCUGUAGCAGUCCCACCAGAGGUGUCAGGAGAGCAGAACUGUUCUGUCUGGGUGAUCACUGGACCUGCUUCCAGUAGUGAUGUCACAGUGAUUGACCCAGCACGAUCCAAUACCAUCCUGGAUCAGUUCAGCCUUCCACUCACCUCUCCAGCUCUGUGCAUUUGUGCUGUGCCUCCCACCGGAGAAACAUUUGGGACUGUGUGGAUUGGAACACAGGAUGGCGGCGUGCUCGUUCAUUCAGCCUCUGGCUCUAGGAGGCGCUGUUUGCAGUCAGUCAGUCUUUCAGAGGGCGUGCAUUCUCUUACAUUCUCGCCAGGUCAGGUGAUUGCAGGUUUAGGCAAUGGAAUGCUCACAUUUUUCAGCUACAGCUCUGGUGGAUGGAACCUUCACUCUCAUGAAGUACUUUCACUGGGCAUAACUCCUCUGCAGCCCAUUCGUUGUUGCCUAGCAAAGAACGGCUGUCUCUGGGUGGGAUACUGGAACAAAGUAUUGAUUAUUGAUGUCCAAAAUAGGAAAGUGGAGAGAUCAUUCGCUGUGUCGCAUCGAAGUGAACAGCAGGUUCGCUUCCUGUGUGCAGCAGGAUGUGGAGUUUGGGCUUCCUGCCGGCUGGAUCCUACCCUCAGGCUCUUUGAUUGGACAUCCGGGCGACCACUACAGGAGGUUGAUGUUUCAUCAAUGAUAACCAAAGCUUUAGGCAAUGCAUUCCUGUCCCUUUCACCUCUUCAGAUCUCUGCCUUGUCUGUGAUCAGUGGGCGGCUGUGGGUGGGCACAGGAAGUGGUGCCGUUUUCUCCGUCCCACUGUCACUCGGUUCUGAGUCCUCUAUCCCAUAUUGCACUUUAGCUUCAGCUCAGCUGUGUUUUCAUGGCCACCGUCAGGCAGUUAAAUUCAUCAUCUCUGCUCCAGGCUGCCGUGGUUCUUCUGUUCCAGCAGAUGGUGGUGCCUCUACCUCUCAUCUGAUCCUCAGUGGUGGAGAAGGCUACAUCAAUUUCCGUAUUGGUGAUGAGGUUAGUGAUGGACUUGGUGAGACUGUCCCACAGAGAUCAGAACGAAGUCACGUGAUCAUCUGGCAGAGCCAAACUCAGUCGAUCCCUAGUUCCUCCCUUUAACAGUAAAUUUUCUAUAUGCUUGUAUGUAUUUCCUUUUUAAUGUUUGUUUAUUCAGAAGAACACUUUUUGUGUUUACUUUGCUGUGCACUUGUAUGUCUGACCCUAUUCCAAGUUAUUGCCUUUGAAAGAGCACAGAACGGUAUUACAGUAAGUGAUGUGACUGUCGAUGGCAGCCAUGUGUGUAAGUUUAUACAGCACUCAAAAUGGGUGACCCAGAAAAGGUGCAAAAAGAGUAAGAGAAAAUAUUUUGGUGUAGACAAGGCCCUAUUUGUUUGAGCCUUCUCCCAUGCUGUGUGCUGAUAAAUGUUGCAGUGCAGUUUUGUUUUUCAUUUACAGUUUUGACACUCGGCUUUAGCCAACUGUUUGGUAAUUGCUGUGCAUUUUUUGUCUUUUCUUUUUUGGGCUGAUGUUCUGUUUAUCAUGCUGGUUGGCUGCAAAAGUGAUUCUGAGCAGUCAGACAGAUCAUCUCAUCGACCUGCUUCUGUACUUGAAAUUUAGGCAGCCACAUCAUUCUCUCUGUAAAAGGACAUUUUUAAUUAAUUUAUUGGCAGAUUUAGCUACAAUUGUCAAACUAUGUAAAUAUGAAUGUGAAAAUGUUUAAACUUGGCUACAGCUGCUCAUUCACACUAGCCCUUUGUGAUGAAUCUGAACAAACGAGAUCAUUUCAGCCAUCGUUAUUACGCCUUGUCAGCAGAGCGUACCUUAAAGGAACAGUCCACCGUACUUCCAUAAUGAAAUAUGUUCUUACCUGAAUUGAG